ACUGCCUGUGAGCUCACCAUCCUCCUGCUUCAUUCUCCCAAGUGCUGGGUUACAGAAGAUAACAGGAUUUAUAUCCGUGAAGAUUUUUUUAAAAGACUGUAACAGAAAAAGAAGGAAAAUGCCGAAACCAAUCAAUGUAAGAGUAACUACAAUGGACGCUGAGUUGGAAUUUGCCAUUCAGCCUAAUACAACUGGGAAACAACUUUUUGAUCAGGUGGUGAAAACAGUUGGUUUGCGUGAGGUCUGGUUUUUUGGCCUGCAGUAUGUUGAUAGCAAAGGUUAUUCUACAUGGCUUAAACUAAAUAAAAAGGUGACACAGCAAGAUGUUAAAAAAGAGAAUCCUUUACAGUUCAAGUUUAGAGCUAAAUUCUUUCCUGAAGAUGUUUCUGAAGAAUUAAUUCAAGAGAUAACCCAAAGACUUUUUUUCUUGCAAGUUAAAGAAGCCAUCUUAAACGAUGAGAUAUAUUGCCCACCAGAAACUGCAGUUCUUUUGGCUUCCUAUGCUGUCCAAGCUAAAUACGGAGAUUAUAAUAAGGAGAUUCAUAAACCAGGCUACCUGGCUAAUGAUAGACUACUACCCCAGCGUGUUUUGGAACAACACAAACUGACAAAAGAGCAGUGGGAAGAAAGAAUACAGAACUGGCAUGAAGAACACAGAGGAAUGCUAAGGGAAGAUUCAAUGAUGGAAUACUUGAAGAUUGCACAAGAUCUAGAAAUGUAUGGUGUCAACUAUUUUGAAAUAAAAAAUAAAAAGGGUACUGAAUUGUGGCUAGGUGUUGACGCUUUGGGCCUGAAUAUCUAUGAGCAUGACGACAAGUUAACACCAAAAAUUGGCUUUCCCUGGAGUGAAAUCAGAAAUAUUUCAUUUAAUGACAAAAAAUUUGUUAUAAAGCCAAUAGACAAAAAGGCACCUGAUUUUGUUUUUUAUGCACCUCGUUUGAGAAUCAAUAAGAGGAUUUUGGCCUUAUGCAUGGGAAACCAUGAACUAUACAUGAGAAGAAGGAAGCCUGACACCAUUGAAGUACAACAGAUGAAGGCUCAGGCUCGGGAGGAGAAACACCAGAAGCAGCUGGAAAGGGCACAAUUAGAGAAUGAAAAGAAGAAAAGAGAAAUAGCAGAAAAGGAAAAGGAAAGAAUAGAACGUGAAAAGGAAGAGCUGAUGGAACGUCUAAGGCAAAUUGAAGAACAGACAAUGAAAGCCCAAAAAGAACUAGAAGAACAGACUCGAAAAGCUCUGGAAUUGGAUCAGGAACGAAAACGAGCAAAAGAAGAAGCAGAAAGGCUAGAAAAAGAGCGUCGAGCUGCUGAAGAGGCCAAGUCUGCUAUAGCAAAACAAGCUGCCGACCAGCUGAAAAAUCAGGAACAGCUGGCAGCAGAACUUGCCGAAUUCACUGCCAAGAUUGCACUUCUAGAAGAAGCCAAGAAGAAAAAGGAAGAGGAAGCUACUGAAUGGCAACACAAAGCUUUUGCAGCCCAGGAAGACUUGGAAAAGACCAAAGAAGAGUUAAAAACUGUAAUGUCUGCCCCACCUCCGCCUCCACCACCACCAGUCGUUCCUCCUACAGAAAAUGAGCAUGAUGAACAUGAUGAGAAUAAUGCUGAGGCUAGUGCUGAAUUGUCAAACGAAGGAGUACUGAACCACAGGAGUGAGGAGGAGCGUGUAACGGAAACACAGAAAAACGAGCGCGUGAAGAAGCAACUUCAGGCAUUAAGUUCAGAGUUAGCCCAAGCCAGAGAUGAAACCAAGAAAACACAAAAUGAUGUUCUUCAUGCUGAGAAUGUUAAAGCAGGCCGUGAUAAGUACAAGACUCUUCGACAGAUUCGACAAGGCAAUACAAAGCAGCGUAUUGAUGAGUUUGAAGCAAUGUGGGGACCCAAACUGUAUGCAUUGUUCCAGAUGCGCUCUUGCCAAAGCAGUAUAAAGCAAAUGUAACAGGACAAGGCUCCCUCUCUCUAGGUCCCUGACGACUGACACAUGGCGAACUUUAGGAUAAGGACGUACCAAGACCGUCCUGGGGUUUCGAAUGCCUGCCUCCCCUUGAGUCUGGAAUCGCAGCUGGAACUUGAUGGACUGGCAUUCCCUGCACCGUGGCUCUUGCUGAUGGCCCCCUCUCAUCUCUUGGCUGUUGGGUUUCCCUUUGUCGCUACUUCUCUUUCUGAACUCCUCUUGAUGGGCUUUCCUAGGGACAGACUUUAGGACGGUGACCCAGGACUGGGGACUUCUGCACUGCGUUCUGCGGCCCCGAGGCAUCAUCCCCCAAACAUACACCUGAAGGCAUCAGCUUCUGAGAACCCACUUUCUUCUGCAUGACUAGCUUGUAAGGAGGAACGUAUGGAGAGAACUUUCAGGAGUUUUCCAUUUUCGCAAAAUGUAUGUGACUGAUCUUUGGCUUUGCUCUGAGAGCAGCCUCGCUGGCGUACGGCUCUGUGUCCAUGUGCUGUGGAAUCUGCAGAAAUUGGUGCGACACGACCUUUCUUGUCUGGGCUGUUUGUACAAUUGUAUAUAACUGUAGCAAUAAAUACAUUCUAACAUCA